GUGUAAGCUGUAACCUCUGGUUUUGGUUCCAUGCAAAAUGGCCUACCCUUCCUUCCCCCAAGCAAAUAAUAAAAAUAUCAUGCAUUAUUUUAAACGGUUUGCUUUUGCCUUUUUCCAUGCUUAGAAUUUCUUCUAAAACUUUCUGUUACUGGUCAUCUUCUUCUUCCUCACUCUUCAUCCCCCUCUCUCUAUAUAUAAAUGGCUCCCCACUGUCUUAAACCAACCACUCAGCCCCAUCUGCUCAUACAAGAAGAAAAGAGAGAAAUGAAAGCUAUGGCUACUAGUGGAGAUUUCUUGCCACCAUUGGUUAUGGUGGUUGUCCAAUUCCUAUACGCAGGCUUGAAUAUUACAUCAAAGUUAGCCAUGGAGUUUGGAAUGAAUCCACUGGUUCUAGUUGCUUACAGGCAGAUGUUUGCUACAGUAGCCAUAGCUCCUUGUGCCUAUUGGAUAGAGAGGAAAGGGAGACCCAAGAUUACAAAGCCAAUUUUGUUUCAGAUUCUGAUAUGUUCCUUAACUGGGGCAACAGCAAACCAAGUCUUUUACUAUGUUGGGUUAAAAUAUUCAACCCCCACCAUCGCUUGUGCAUUGACCAAUGUCCUCCCAGCUGCAACUUUUGUCCUCGCUGUUCUUUUCAGACAAGAAUCUGUGGCGAUCAAGACAAGACCAGGUGCAGCCAAGGUGUUGGGGACUGUCGUGUGCGUUGGAGGGGCCAUGUUGUUGUCGUUCUACCGUGGACAAACCAUCGAGCUUGGUGAAUCCGGGAUCCAUUGGAAGUAUGCCGAGAUGAUGAGGGGCGGAAGCUCCAAUGGCCAAGGCACAGGCAGUAGCAUCUGGGGCUCUCUUUGCUUGAUCAUAAGCUCCGUUGCCUGGGCGGCUUGGUUUGUAAUCCAAGCGAAAGUGAACGAGAAGUUUCCAGCUCCGUACACGAGCACAGCUCUCAUGACUUUCAUGGCAACCAUUCAAUGUGGAGCAAUUGCCAUUGGCGUCGAGCACAGGACUUUAGCAGCUUGGUCAUUGAAGAGCUCAAUCAGACUUGUUGGAGCUCUCUAUGCAGGAGUGGCGUGCUCUGGACUUGCGUUUUGCCUAACCUCCUGGAGUAUCCAAAAGAAAGGUCCUCUCUAUGCCUCAGUUUUCAACCCCUUCUUGCUGGUUAUCGUGGCUGUUUUCAGCUGGACCUUCUUUCAAGAAAAAUUAUAUGUAGGAACUGUUGUAGGGUCAACGUUGAUUGUCGCUGGGCUAUAUGCUGUCCUAUGGGGAAAGACCAAAGAGGUGAAACUACAACGAGAUACCGAAAUGGCGGUGGCAGCAGAGGCAAAGCUAGAUGACUGUAAUGACAAAGAUGGAUUGGAAGAACAGUCCUAUGUGGUUUCAAAUGCCAAUAUUCUCCAUCAAGUAAUAGCUGAGAGAAAGGAGCAAGAAAACAAAUAUAGCUUGGUGUGACAUUUGAGGAUUCUGCUGAGAAUACAGAUCAAAAGCCAUCAAUUUCAACAGAUGGAGUAAGAACGUGUUCAAAGGAAGACAUAGUAUCUGAUCUUCGUCAAGUUGCAUCCCUUUUAUGUAAUGAAAAUUUUACGUUGUUCAAGUCUCAAUAUACACUACUUUACAUACUA